AUGUCAGCCUCAGAAGAUAUUGGGCCACUCAUUUCACACUGUUUGGUAACUUAUAAGAAUUCUUUUUACAUUUUCGGAGGAACAAUAGGAUGUAAUAUCUUCGCAUUGACCAAUUUUUUCCACUAUGCAACACCACCAUUUUCACAAGGCAAAAUCUCAUGGCAGCCACUCUCGACUCAAAAUGUUAAAAGUGUUACAGACCCUGGUUGUAUCGUUGACGAAACUCGUGGUCUUUUCUUCGUGAUUGGUGGCCGGGAUUAUCUUAACAAUACUUUUCCUGGUUUACAAGUUUACGAUUUUAACACCCAGAGAUGGAAUGACCCUCUUUAUACGCAAAAUUUUAUACCAAGCGAUCUUACAACUGACUUUUGGGGACCAAGAGUAGCAUGGUUGCAACCAGGUCUUAUAUUUAUGUGGGGUGCGAAUAUGACUACACAAGGUGCAUAUUUAUUAGAUAUAAAUGUUAAUCCAUGGCAGUGGACGAUUUUAUCAGAUAAUAAGAGUAAUAUUGUUCCAACUAAAUGUGCCGGUGUCGUGACGGUCAAAGGGAACGCAUUCGUAUUUGGUGGUUUUCAUGAGAAAGAUUUUUCUAUCAAUCAAACUACAUAUAUUUAUUCAUCAAAAUAUGGAUUUAUGAUUCCCCAAUUUCAAUUGCCAGUCCCAUUUCAUUUUGGUGUGAUAGGCAUUUUGAAUAAUAAGCUCAGUAUCAUUAUGAUGGGCAAUGGCGGAACUGUUAUGGAAGCAGUAAAUUUCGACUUGAAAACUUUCCAAUUUGGUGAUGUUAUUUCGGCACCACACCACUUAUUCAAAACUUUACAACAGCUCGGAAUAAUGGACAUGGAGCUCAAUUUUCCUGGUCUGACUCCAUAUUUACAACCUCUUCUUGACACUUGGAUAUCCUACAAUAUGUCAAGUCAAAAAUGGGAAACAACUUUUAAUGAUAUAAAAAUUUCUAACAUUGUAAGCGAUGAUCUUUCCUUGCCAAAAGUCAAUGGUUUUGAUAUAAAUAAUGAAAAUUCUGUGUCAAACAAUAAUAGUAAGAAUUCUGUACCGAAUGAUUCAACACCGCACUCAACUAGUGAUAAUAGUAAAUCUUUAAUAGUCGCCAUUAGUAUUUUAUCAUCAAUUAUUGUCAUUUUUUUGUUAGUGUUUAGUCUUAUAUUUCUUUAUUUGAGGAGGUUUAUCAAUCAAUACAAGGAAGGAAAUAAAUUCCAGUCCCAGCUCCAAACUGAUGAAAUGACGGCAACAAGGGUAGUUGGUUGA